UCAUAUGCGAAAGUAGUAAAUGUCCAUCAGCAUUACAUGAAGAUCCCUCAAAGGUGUGGGCAGAAGACGCGUACAAAACAGACGUCAGUAAAAUCUUUCGGGAAAAUUGAAAACAUACGGAGGGAUUUCCCGCGAUAAUUGAUUUGACACCAGUAUAAGGAGGUCCGGAAUUUCAUUUUUGAAGUGAGACUGACUGGAAGAGGUUGUGUUAGGUUGUGGUGUUCGCGGUUUCCAGGUUGGUGUGCGUGAUUGUAUUAUACAGAGUUACCUUACACGGAGACCAUGCUGUUUUGAUUGGUUGAUUGAUGAGGAGAUCCAGAGCGUGAACAGCAGCCAUUGUGCACCCCGGCCAACGAGUCCCUGAAAACGGUUCAUAACAUGGUGACGAUGAUCAGUCAAUGAGAAACAAGUUGCCGUACCCAACAUUGAAAUGUAAAAUCUGACGGUGCUUCCAAAAUGCAUGGAGGACACACGUGCCUCAUUGGAGUGUUGAUUUUAACCACUUGCCUGCGCUGGUCGCACGGCCAAGCAACCCAACCGUCCAAAGAUUAUUGCGAAUAUGAAGGCCAAAUUAUACCGAAUAGAGAGAAGAUAGUGCUGGAGAAAGACCCUUGUGUGAGAUGCCGAUGUAGGGAUGGGGAGCUGAAAUGUCGAACCAUGACUUGUCCACAACAACAAUGCAAGGAACUUAUCCACAAACCGGGCACAUGCUGCCCUAAAUGCAUAUCAUCACGCACAAACAGACAUAAAGCCAGCAAUAAAUUCAAAGAUGUCGCAAUGACGAUGGGCCUUGAUAUCGUUACUGAUGGCUUGACGGUCGUCACAGUUCGACUCCCACCACCCCCCAUGAUACCCCCUCCUCCCCCAUCCAUGCUCGCAGCAAUGAUUGCAAAUAAUACCGACUUAUUGCCGAUGUUUACCACAACGACGACGACGACGACUACGGUGGAUUUACCUACUGAAGAACCAGCCACGAUUAUAUCGCCAAGAACCACCAGGAUGACCCGGGCACCACCGACGCCCCCACCCACACCACCACCACCAUCACCGGUCACAAGAACAACAAAGGGUCCGAAUGGUACCCCGGGACCUACAGGGCCAACAGGAUUGAAAGGAGACACAGGGGAACCAGGACCCCAGGGUCCAAAAGGUGACACAGGACCUAAGGGUGAACGGGGUCUUCCGGGCCCAAGAGGGCCAACUGGACCAAAAGGAUCGUUUGGUAUGCCUGGACCCAGAGGACAUUCUGGAAAGAAAGGCCCUAAAGGAAAUACUGGAAGGAAAGGAAGAAAGGGUGAUCCAGGGGAGAGAGGUCCAGUGGGUCCAGAGGGAAUCCAAGGACUUCCCGGCCACGUUGGCUUGCCCGGGCCAAUGGGACCACCAGGAAACAAUGCUGGAGGAGUUGAAGGGCCAAGGGGACCUGUUGGGCCGCCGGGUCUACCUGGGUUGCAGGGUCCUUCUGGUAAACUAGGUCCACAAGGGGUCAAAGGUGAAAAGGGAGACCCUGGUAACAAGGUCAUGGAAGGGCAAAUAGUCAUUGUGCCCAAUGAGAUCGCUAUGCAGACAAUCCGUGCAGAAGCAGCCAUCGUCUAUCGGACAGAUGUGAAAAAACUCUAUUUCAGAGACACGGACGAGUGGAAUUGUUUAAUGGUCGAGGAUAGCACAAAGGUCGUCACAGGUCCCCCUGGACCCCCAGGACCUCCUGGAGAAAUGGGACCCACUGGUCCACAGGGACCAAAAGGGGAGACGGGGGACAUGACGGAGCCGGAUGAUAAGGAUGACAAUAGUAUUUGUGGAAAUGCUAUCUUAGAGGGGAAGGAAGAAUGUGAUGAUGGAAACUUUAUACACACAGACAGUUGCAUCAACUGUAUGAGAUCAUUCUGUGGAGACACCUACAGACAACAAGGAGUAGAAGAGUGCGAUACGCUUGACUUCAACGGAAAAACAUGCGAUUCCUAUUUUACAGAAUUAUCUCUUGACAGAUACGAGACAAUGGGCGUCUUGAGGUGUACAGACCGCUGCAGGAUUGAUACUGGUAACUGUAAAGUAGUCCGACGGAGAAGGCGACAGCUAUCACCCUAUCAAAUCCCUCCGCCAGAAAAGUAAACCCCUCACAGCGAUCAUGGGGACAGCGACCAUCAGAGGGUUGCAGGAAUGGCUUAAGUUUUGAUGACAAGUCGUUAGUCUGCCAGUGCUGCCUAUCACAAGCGCCAUGCAGUCCAAAACACACAUCCUGCCGUUCAUGCAACAGUCACAGUGUGAUUAUACAGUCAUUCAUGCAAUGGUUGUAGGUAGCGCAGGCCAAGUGAUUUACACACAUUAUUAUUGGGAUCGAGGAUGGGUGUACCGUCCCCACAGUAGGAAUGGUACAUAGAAGCGACGGGCAGCGAGUAAGACCGCACAACAGUUACCGCCUUGGUUUCAAGACUAGAAUGUUCGCCAAGUUUUGUCAACUCUACUUCUGAAAUUGGGAGAUAGAACAUCCCGACUUGAUUGGGAUUGGGAGUGUGGAGAGCUGAACCUAUGACGACUGUGAAUGAGGUUUUAAUGACGAUUCUACUCAAAUUUUGAGAUCUGGAUUGAAAUCGUGUGUCAGCCUUUGAGCUCAGUCGGGGGAGUUGAGAGAACCUGAAGUCUUCUGGCGAGAGGAGAUAAAUAUACCCUGAUUGGGACUCCACUGUCCCGAAGGAGGGAUAUACGCAUCUUUAGCCAUUCACCUGAGCUGAAGAGGAUACUUAAGUGCACCGAUUAGGAGAUAUUUUAAAGAUGAGGAUUAGGCUAUGAUGGCUCUAUUACACUCAAAGGGUCAUUGUCUUUCCGACAAACGACCCAUUUAGCUUGAUCGCCUCACAUUUAAAGAGUAACACGAUCUCUCUUAAUAUUUUAAUCAAAGAUUUCUGGAUGUAUCUUUUUUCCUGAAUAAAUUCAUUAUCUUCACAUAUGUACCUCAUUUAAUAUUCAACCUUAAAGAGAAAUCUAUAGCUGCUAUAAAAAAUAUAUGGAUAAUUUCACUCCAAUUUCAUUCUAGCUAGAAUUUUGGCUUGGGCGCGUGGGUACUCCAUGUUACUAGGCAUUCUUCGCUUUACACAACUUUCACAGAAAUUUGGCGGUUACCUGCAAGCGGAGAACAGUGAUUGUAAGCGCAGAAUUUGGGGAUAAGCAGAUCCAUAAAAUUGGGCCCUGAUCACCUGAAGAAUUUGAAUUGUUCACUCACUCAAUUACUGGCAACAUCAGAAAUUAAGGCCUGCUUUAAACCACUGCAUAUAAGGUUUCAGGCACACUGUACGCUUCGUUUUGGAAAGGGCAAGGGCACUAAGGCAUUUUCUUCUUGGUAAAGGGCACCCUAUGAGGAAAUUGUAAAGUUCUA